CGAGCGGCCGCUCCUGAGCCCCGGGCAGCAGCAGCCGCUCCUGUCCCCGCUGCCCCUGGGGCCGUAGGGCCGCGCCGGCCCCAGCCCGACCCAACGAUGCCCCAUCUCUGGCCGGCGCUCCGCCGCGUCCUCUGGGAAUACUGGGCAGCGCUCCUGGUCGGCGGCUUCUGGGGACAGAGCUCGCACGGGAUGCCGCAUGUCAUCCGGAUCGGAGGAAUCUUUGAGUACGCAGAUGGCCCCAACACACAGGUGAUGAGUGCUGAGGAACAAGCCUUCAGAUUCUCCGCCAACAUCAUUAACAGGAACAGAACUUUGCUGCCCAACACAACCCUCACCUAUGACAUCCAGAGGAUACACUUCCACGACAGCUUUGAAGCAACUAAGAAAGCCUGUGACCAGCUCGCUCUGGGGGUCGUUGCAAUAUUUGGACCCUCCCAAGGCUCCUGCACCAACGCUGUCCAGUCUAUCUGCAAUGCCCUGGAAGUGCCCCACAUCCAGCUCCGGUGGAAGCAUCACCCUUUGGAUAACAAGGACACUUUCUAUGUCAACCUGUAUCCUGACUAUGCUUCCCUGAGCCACGCCAUCCUGGACCUGGUGCAGUACCUGAAGUGGAGGUCGGCCACCGUGGUGUACGACGACAGCACAGGCCUGAUACGGCUGCAGGAGCUCAUCAUGGCCCCGUCCCGCUACAACAUCCGCCUGAAGAUCCGCCAGCUCCCGCUGGACACCGACGACGCGCGGCCGCUGCUCAAGGAGAUGAAGAGGGGCCGGGAAUUCCGCAUCAUCUUCGACUGCAGCCACCUGAUGGCAGCUCAGAUCCUCAAGCAGGCUAUGGCGAUGGGGAUGAUGACAGAAUAUUACCACUUCAUCUUCACCACUCUGGAUCUUUAUGCAUUAGACCUAGAACCAUAUCGCUACUCUGGGGUGAACCUGACCGGCUUCCGGAUCCUCAACGUGGAGAACCCCCAUGUGUCCUCCAUCAUUGAGAAGUGGUCCAUGGAGAGGCUGCAGUCGGCGCCCAAGGCUGAGCUGGGGCUCCUGGAUGGUGUGAUGAUGACAGACGCUGCCCUGCUGUACGACGCGGUGCACGUGGUGUCCGUGUGCUACCAGCGCGCGCCGCAGAUGACCGUCAACUCCCUGCAGUGCCACCGCCACAAGGCCUGGAGGUUCGGCGGCCGCUUCAUGAACUUCAUAAAAGAGGCCCAAUGGGAAGGAUUAACGGGACGCAUUGUCUUUAAUAAAACCAGUGGUUUACGGACAGAUUUUGAUUUGGAUAUCAUCAGUCUCAAAGAAGACGGCCUUGAAAAGGUUGGAGCAUGGAGCCCUUCAGAUGGUUUGAACAUCACAGAAAUCUCCAAAGGACGAGGGCCCAACGUCACGGACUCGCUGAGCAACAGAUCCCUGAUUGUCACCACGGUGCUGGAGGAGCCCUUUGUGAUGUUCCGUAAAUCUGACACGGCGCUGUUUGGGAACGACCGCUUCGAGGGUUACUGCAUCGACCUCCUGAAGGAGCUGGCCAUCAUCCUGGGCUUCUCCUACGAGAUCCGCCUGGUGGAGGACGGCAAAUACGGGGCACAGGAUGAGAAGGGCCAGUGGAAUGGCAUGAUCAAGGAGCUCAUCGACCAUAAAGCUGACCUGGCCGUGGCUCCUCUGACCAUCACGCACGUCCGGGAGAAAGCCAUCGACUUCUCCAAGCCCUUCAUGACCCUGGGGGUCAGCAUCCUCUACAGGAAGCCCAACGGGACCAACCCCAGCGUGUUCUCCUUCCUCAACCCUCUCUCUCCUGACAUCUGGAUGUACAUCCUCCUUGCCUACCUGGGGGUCAGCUGUGUGCUCUUUGUCAUAGCCAGGUUCAGCCCAUAUGAGUGGUAUGAUGCCCACCCCUGCAACCCGGGCUCGGACAUCGUGGAGAACAACUUCACCCUCCUGAACAGCUUCUGGUUCGGGAUGGGAGCGCUGAUGCAGCAAGGCUCGGAGCUGAUGCCCAAAGCCCUGUCUACACGGAUCAUUGGUGGCAUAUGGUGGUUCUUCACCCUCAUUAUCAUCUCGUCCUACACGGCCAACCUCGCCGCCUUCCUGACCGUGGAGAGGAUGGAGUCCCCCAUCGACUCGGCAGAUGACUUGGCAAAGCAGACAAAAAUAGAGUAUGGAGCAGUGAAGGAUGGAGCUACCAUGACCUUCUUCAAGAAAUCCAAAAUCUCCACUUUUGAAAAAAUGUGGGCAUUCAUGAGCAGCAAACCCACGGCCCUGGUGAAGAACAACGAGGAGGGGAUCCAGCGAACCCUGACAGCUGAUUAUGCCCUGCUGAUGGAGUCCACCACCAUCGAGUACAUCACCCAGAGGAACUGCAACCUCACCCAGAUUGGGGGGCUCAUCGACACCAAAGGCUAUGGCAUUGGGACACCCAUGGGGUCACCGUACAGGGACAAGAUCACCAUCGCCAUCCUGCAGCUCCAGGAGGAGGACAAGCUCCACGUCAUGAAGGAGAAGUGGUGGCGGGGAAAUGGCUGCCCUGAGGAUGAGAACAAGGAGGCCAGUGCUCUAGGUGUUCAAAACAUUGGAGGGAUCUUCAUUGUCCUGGCAGCAGGCCUGGUGCUAUCUGUCUUUGUGGCCAUGGUGGAGUUCAUCUACAAGCUGCGCAAAACAGCGGAGCGCGAGCAGGCCUCAUGGAGUCCAACCACCACCCAGGAGUCUGAUGUUUACACACUGCAAACAGGCGGAGGUGAAGCAGAAUUGAGCCAAGCCCGAGCGGGUGAGGAGGAGCCGCGAGCGUGGCUCCAUCAGCAUGGCAAUAAACAGGAACACUCGGUCAGGUGUGAGCACCUGACCCACACCGACACACACAGCACAUUUUUGGAAUGGGAGAGGCAUCUGGGAAGCCCCAGGAUGGGGGAGGCUGUGCUUGCCCCAGAGCAGCUGGCGGUGGCCGUCACCUCGCGGCUGUGCUGGCCGCAGCCCCCCGGAGCAGGACAGCCACGUGGCAGCAGCGUGGUGGCACAAGGUGACGCAAGUUCCUCAGCAGACCCAGGGCAGCUGGCUGGGAAGGGGAAGGUGAGCCUGAAAUGUACCCAAGCUCUGGGCCAGGGAGGGCACAGCGUGGCAUGCACAGGACAUCCUGCACCUCCGAGUGACAGCACCCACGCUCCCCAAGCCAAGCUGCAGCCCAGGGUGACACCGUGAUCUCCAGGUCCUCAGCUCUGCCUCUGCUCUUCCUGCAAAGCUCAGUCUCUCCUGCAGAGAAGCAUGGGAAGCAACCAUGUCCACAGGCUCCAGCAGCAGCAGCAGGAGCAGAGCUGCUUCCAAGAGCCAAAAGUACGGAUUUCCAUGAAAUUCAGCAGUGCUGACCUGCAGCUCCACACUGGGAGGGACUGUGGGCCUGGUUUAGGACUAAGAGCUCUCCAUGGCAUCAAGGACCUGAAAGAUGAAUCUCAGCCAGAGCUGACCAGGGAGAAGCAGAGCCAAGCCUGGGAUCCCUCCUGCUCUGACCACGAACUGCCACCCCUCAGGCAGCCUCUCCAUGGGAUUUAAGCAAACACACACUAAAAUGUUUUUGGGAAAUCUUCCAUGAAUUGUCUUCUUAUUUUCAGGUUGCUUAACCCAGAAGGUUGGUCCUGCAGAUGAAUUUAGGCAGAAUUACCAAAGACCCCUCUGCUGACCUAAGGUAACACUCGAGUUAUUUCCCUCAGCUCCAUCCCUGCCAGGGGACCUGGCAGCCAGUGGGAUUCAUUCAAAAAAUCAAACAAAUGGAAAUUCCUCUGCCCACCAUAACCCAGGAUGUCACACAUGUGAUGCAAAGGUGCUUAAAGGCUCUGGUUUAACCACUGGUGGUGUAGAAAACAGCAACACCCUUCCCCUGCAGGGGUAAGAGGGACAGAGACCCUGCAGGACCCCACCUGUGUGGAGGGCAGGGAUGGAGCAGUGCCCGAGCCCUGGCUCAGAGGGUGCUGAGGCCACCACAGCCCUCCUGAGCUUACAGCCAUUCUGGAAAGUUUAUCCUUGCCCAAAGGAACAAACCUGACUGAUUUUGGAUUUUUCCCCACCUCUCCCUCUCCAUGCUCAGUCGGGAAGGUUGUCUCCAGCUGAGCAGAAUUAGCAGAUCAGCUCAAGGGGGAAGAGCUGCUCCCCCACCCCACCAUGGAACACAGUUUGUCCUUAUUUUGCUUCUUCCAUGAUGUAAAGAAACAACAGAGGGACCCCAAGAAAAGCCAGGUGAUUUGUCAUAUUUUGACUGAAGUAAAGAUAUGCAAAGAAUUUACAUUCAUUUUCACCUUUUCACAAAAACCAUGAAAAAUUAGGGAUGAAAGUUGCCAAUUGCAGAUUCUUACUAGUUUGCUGCACAAAUACCUUGAGCAGAGGACAAGCUGAAGUGUGGGGCAGCUUCCCAAAGCUAAUGACAUGCUUUCUGUAUUCCUUUGCAAAUCCUUAGGCUUG